AGGCUCAGGUGGAAGUUUUCUGGAAGGCUGAGUGUUGUGGCCACGGCCUUUGUGCCAGACUUGAUACGAGCGUGUUGGAUGCUAGGGUUGCAGUUGGACAUGCCGCUAUCCGAGCUGCAGGCUGUGCGUGAUUACCGAGACAUGCGGCAGGAUUUAGGUGUCUACAGAGAGGCGCCAUGGAGGUUGAAGGAGCUGCUCCAGACUGGCCACUUCUACACUACCCAGGACACGGUCCGCUUUUGCAAGUGCCACGCGCAUUCUUUCAUCGAGGGGGCAAUAGGCGCGAUCUUCGACGCCGCAGACGCGGCCUUGAAAAUGAUCGAUGACAUCCAGGUUGGAUUUCUUGACCAGGUGUCCUUGACAGGCGAGGCAGAGCUCUGCGAGUUCAACUUGGUUGGCUCCUCUGAGUAUGAG